UCCCUUUAGCUCAACUGGCUGGGUCCCUGUUGAGUGACGCCGGCGGCCCAGGUUCGAGUCCCCAGUGGUGGGGGGGCCGACCUGAGGCGGCAGCCGCGAGGGCGCAUACCCACGUGAACCCGAGAGCCCUACAGUAUGAAAGCAUCAGCCGGCCAGACAUGGCUUUAGCCCUUCAGAAAAUGUCAGUUGCUGAAAAAUCCACAGUGGUUAAAAGUGUAAGCUUUGUGUGUUUCUUUAAGAUAAGGGUAAUAUAUUGUAAGGCUGCAGUGGCUGACAGGUGGUUAAGUGUCAGGUAGCACUGGAAGUGGCUAGCGAGUGGAUCCCAGCCCUGCACUGACCAGCUCUCUAGUCCCCCUGACGUCCUGUCGCUUUUCCAGCAGAGCAGGAGUCAUGGGUCUCUCAUGUGCGCCAGUGGUUGGGUACUUUAAAGUGAUCAGGCAUCUUGCUGCAGUGUUCAUUUUAUUCACUGCUGCUAACAGUCGGCAGUUUUAUCAGGGCCUCCACCUGCAGUGCCCGUCAGCUGUAACCUCACGCUGUCUUACUCUGGCAUCCCUCCCUUUUCCUCUGUUUGUCACUGAUCCCUUUUUCUUACGUCUGCAGUCUCGUCUAAUUAGGAUCCAGUGUGCGCCUUCUGAAGGAAAAAUUGAUCAUCCUGUCUUGCGCUUGUCUUGUGCAGAAAAGUCAGCUUUUCUGUACUUUUCGGUUGACAGCCUUCCCCCAGCACACACAUUUCCAUUCCUUUUUUUUUAAAUGAAAAUGCAAUACUGCUUCCUCAUUGUCAGAACUGGCAACAAGGUUCAGUUAAAUUGGCCACCUGUGCACGCGUGUCCCGGGAAGUUUCCUUGUCAAAGCCAGGAACAACAGUAGCAGUCUGUUAUUUGAGAUUCAUAUCUUAUGAAGAUCUCUUAAAACUCACAUGUAACCCUGAAGGAACCGCAAAGCUUGUGGUAUAGGACUACUUGACUGCAAAACAUUUUUUCUUUUUUUCUGUUGAAAAUAGUGCAGGAGCUCAGAGGAUGACAGUAGGUCUUUCAUUCCUGAGAGUUUUCCUCCUACUUACCUGGUCACCUAAGCUACUGUAUAGGGUUAGCCGUCAGAUUCAAAUAUCCAGUCAGGUUGUAAGCAAACCCAUUUCUGUUCGUUUUUUUUAAGUUUCAGAUUGUUCUUACAGCCUGAAAUCCGAGAUGCUUACAGAUGAAAUGAAAAGGAUACUCUGUCAAAAGGCUGGAAAUAAAACAAGUCUUGGAAAGAACGAGAUUUAAUAACUAAUGAGGCUGUGUGACGGGGCCAGGCAGGAGGGCAGGGUUUUUUUACAAAUGAAACCUUUUCCUAUUUUUGUUUUUCUGGGCCUUGUUUGGGGACGGGCGGGCUGCCGCAUAGUUUCGCAGCUGACUGUCCUCUUUGUCUUUCACCUCUCUCUGCUUCUACUUCACUUAUUAAAACUUUCCACUGGGAGGUGCGUCAGAGGGUGAAAGGAGGCAAGAGGAAUGAAAAAGCAGAGGCCCCAGUAGUGUGGGUGGUUGUGUACCCCUCUCUCUUCUGAGAAAUGAAGUAAGAACCAGAUACCAGCCAAGCAUUCUCAGCACUGACCCCCAGGUGGCGCUGUCUCGGGGUGGAGGGCAGUGCAUCAGAGAAAGGGAUCGCUCAGACUCUGCUGGUCCGGGUGGCUCAAAGAUGACCGUCGAGUCGGGCAAGGCAGCGGGCACGGGCCAGGCCUCGUCCGAGAGAGUGACGCUGGUGGUUGACAACACCCGUUUUGUGGUGGACACGGCAGUCUUCGUGGCCCACUCAGACACCAUGCUGGGCAGGAUGUUUGGGCCGGCCCGCCAACACAACUUCACUCGGCCCAAUGAGAAGGGGGAGUAUGAGGUUGCAGAGGGCAUCAGCGCCGCCAUCUUCCGGGUUAUUCUGGAUUAUUACCGGACGGGGGUGCUGCGCUGUCCGGAUGGCGUGUCGGUGGCGGAGCUCCGCGAGGCCUGCGACUACCUGUGUAUCAACUUCGACCAUGGCACGGUGAAGUGCCGUGACCUCAGUGCCCUGCUCCACGAGCUGUCCAACGACGGCGCGCGGAGGCAGUUCGAGGUCUUCCUGGAGGAGCUGGUGCUGCCGGCCAUGGUGUCGAGCGCGCAGGGCGGCGAGCGGGAGUGUCACAUCGUUGUGCUGACCGAUGAGGACACUGUGGACUGGGACCGGGAGCACCCGCCGCCCAUGGGCGAGGAGUACUCGCAGAUCCUUUACAGCACCAAGCUGUACCGCUUCUUCAAGUACAUUGAGAACAGGGACGUGGCCAAAGCCCUGCUGAAGGAAAGAGGGUUGAAGAACAUCCGCAUUGGCAUCGAGGGGUACCCCACGUGCAAGGAGAAGGUGAAGCGCCGGCCAGGUGGGCGGUCAGAGGUCAUCUACAACUACGUGCAGCGCCCUUUCAUCCAGCUCUCCUGGGAGAAGGAGGAGGGCAAGAGCCGUCACGUGGACUUCCAGUGUGUGCGCAGCAAGAGCGUGCCCAACCUGGUGACCGUGGGCGAGGGGGCCACCCCGGCCGCCCACCACCCCCUGCCACAGGUGGACGAGCUGGACCGCCUCAACGGGCCCUACCCCCGCCUCCUCUCCUCCCAUGUCCCCGACGAGGGCUGAGUCCCGUCACGCCCGCAUCCCUACUCCCACCCUCACCCCCAAGCUCCCUCAGCCCUGGGCGAGCACCACCGAUUACAGCACUGCUGCUUCAUGCACAGAUUCAGAGGUUAGGUGCUCACGUCAAGGAAUGUUUAGAUGAGAGCAACAGUGGUCUGGAUUUUUCCAACAGGAAUGUCUGUUUUCUUCAAUGCCAAUGUGCCAACAUGCUUCCAAGUGCCAGAGCAGCUGUGUGGUAGCUACUGGUGGGGUGCCUCACCAAGCUGAACCCAAAUCGGCAUCUGAAAGGAGGCUGUGAAGAGCUGGGAAUCUGUUGGCAAAGUGUAAAUACUGUAUGUGACAACACAUGCAAAAAAACAAAGCGCAGACCUCUUGAAGAUCGUCUUCUACUGCAGAGCCCUGCCCGUUGCAGAGCUCAGAGGUUUCACUCAUGAACUAAAAGUCCAAGACAACUAACUGGUUUGUGAGUGGGGUAUUUUUCAAGAGCCUGUUGCCUGACUGGGGACUGAGGAGGAGUUGCUGAUUUUUGCUGGAGAUGGGUCUCUCAGCAGGAGCCAGCUGGGGCAUGACAGGAGUCUCCUCCGCCUGCCACACCCAUGCACGGUCUACGAAACGUACCAUCUCGUGCAAAUUUCAACCGCGUUUGUCUUAACGAGGAGAAGUAGAUGAGAAAAUGUAAGUGUUUUCGUGCUUGCUGCACCUGGACUUCCUCUUCGGCAGAAACAGGCCGGGCUGUCAUGUGGCACGUGUGUGAUGGGUGGCAUGCUUUUGUGUAGCGCCUUUCGUGAUGAUUGUACUGUAUCUCAAAGAGCUUCAACAAGUAGGAAGUUGUCUUUUUCAGAGUGCGUGAGAUAUCCAGGCCUGAAAGACUGGCCAUUGCCAGAAGUUAUAUAAAACGGUGUUGCAAAUGUACUGCAUUCAGUAGUGAAUAAGGGUCAUAAAGCUUUGAGUUGCUGUUAAAAUACAGAAAUGAUGUUAUAGUAAAAAAUCUGCAUAGAAAUUUCUUCCAUGGAUUUUCCGCAAUAUCAUUACAAUCUGCUUUCAGAUCCCCUUAUUUGUGCCGACACUGUUGCUUCAGCAGUAGGUGUUCAGGAAAGCUUUUACAUUUAAGCGUCAAAGUCCUUUUUUUUUUCCACCCAAAGUGAGCAGUUGGAUGCUUUACAUAAAAAAGGGAUUUCUUUUUUCUGAAGCACAAUUUUUAAAACUGGAAAAUAAAAGGCAAACAUUCAGCACACUAUUGCAAAUGGGUGGAGAGGUAUUUGCAUUUAUAUUCUUUCCUGUAGUUCCAGAGGUUUUCCAGGUCUUCUGUGCCAAGACGUGAAUGUUUAUGAUGAAAUGUAUCAUUGACUGACGCAGAAUACCUGCAUCUUAAACACCACUAAAAUAUUUAUGCAAGAGAUUCACUUGGCACCGUUUGCAUUUUGGAAAGAAGCCUUUUGCAAUUUCUUUCUAAAUGUCUGCUUAUGAUACACAAAAUGAGAAGUAUGUCUUUCGGUGAUCAUGAUCAUACUGCAUUGCAUCUUUAGUAGAAGCCAUUGAAAUCCUUUAAAACAAAGCUGAAGGAUUCAGAAACAUGCAUAGUGCACAAGGAGGGCAGGAAUUUCUCCUCCCCCACCAUGGUCAUUGGUUAAUUGCAAACUUUGUGUAUCGAUUAAUCAAAAUGUUUAUUCUGGUUUUGAAAGUAUGAAGACUGUAAAGGAAAAUGGUGAUGCUGAACUGAUUAUAGUGUACAUUUCAUUCUCGAGAUGUGGUGUAUGUUCCCAUGGUGACAAUACCCCCCUGAAAAAGUGUACAUUGUUAGGAAGCAGUAAACGAUUAAUGCAGCUCUA